GGCCGCCCGGAGACCUCGGCGUGGCCCCUGAGGCAUUUCAAUGGGCGAGGGCCGACGGCUGUGGAUCUGGAGCUGGACGCGCUGGAGGGAAAGGAGUUGAUGCAGGACGGCGCGUCCCUGAGCGACAGCACCGAGGACGAGGAGGAGGGGGCGAGCCUGGGCGACGGCAGCGGGGCGGAAGGCGGCAGCUGCAGCAGCAGCAGGCGGUCGGGCGGCGAUGGCGGGGACGAAGUGGAGGGCAGCGGUGCGGGAGCUGGCGAAGGAGAGCCUGUCCAGCACUUCCCGCUCGCGCGGCCCAAGUCUCUAAUGCAGAAGCUACAGUGCUCCUUUCAGACCUCUUGGCUCAAGGACUUUCCCUGGCUGCGGUAUUCCAAGGAUACUGGCCUUAUGUCUUGCGGCUGGUGCCAAAAGACCUCUGAGGAUGGGGGAAGCGUGGACCUUCCCCAAGUGGGGCAUGAUGAGCUUUCACGAGGGACCCGCAACUACAAGAAAACCCUUCUCUUGAGGCACCACGUCUCCACGGAACACAAACUGCACGAAGCCAACGCCCAGGAGUCAGAAAUACCAUCAGAGGAGGGAUACUGUGACUUUAAUAGUAGGCCAAAUGAGAACUCUUAUUGCUAUCAACUUCUUCGACAACUAAAUGAACAGAGAAAGAAAGGUAUUCUUUGUGAUGUCAGCAUUGUGGUGAGCGGAAAAAUCUUUAAAGCUCAUAAGAACAUCCUGGUUGCAGGCAGCCGUUUCUUUAAGACUUUAUAUUGCUUUUCAAACAAAGAAAGCCCUAACCAAAACAAUACUACCCAUUUAGAUAUUGCUGCAGUUCAAGGUUUUUCAGUCAUCUUGGACUUCUUGUAUUCUGGUAACCUGGUGCUCACAAGCCAAAAUGCCAUUGAAGUGAUGACAGUGGCCAGCUAUCUUCAAAUGAGUGAAGUUGUUCAAACUUGCCGAAAUUUCAUUAAAGAUGCCUUAAAUAUAAGCAUUAAAUCAGAAGCUCCAGAAUCUGUAGUUGUGGACUAUAAUAAUAGAAAACCAAUGAAUAGAGAUGGUCUGUCUUCAUCACGGGAUCAAAAAAUUGCCAGUUUUUGGGCAACACGGAAUCUUACCAAUUUGGCAAGUAAUGUAAAAAUUGAAAAUGAUGGUUGCAUUGUCGACGAGGGCCAAAUAGGAAACUACCAAAUGAAUGACAGUAGUUGGGUCCAGGAUGGUUCUCCCGAAUCAACUGAAAAUGAAUCUCAAGGUCAAACGAAAGUAUUUAUUUGGAAUAAUAUGGCCUCCCAGGGAAUUCAAGAGACUGGCAAAACAAGGAGGAAAAACCAAACUACAAAGAGAUUUAUUUAUAAUAUUCCACCUAAUAAUGAAACAAGUUUAGAAGAUUGCUCAGUGAUGCAGCCACCUGUUGCCUAUCCAGAAGAAAAUACACUACUCAUCAAGGAGGAGCCAGAUUUGGAUGGUGCUCUCCUCUCUGGGCCAGAUGGAGAUAGGAAUGUGAAUGCAAACCUACUGGCUGAAGCCAGCUCAAGUCAAGAUGGAGGUGAUGCUGGUUCUUCACAUGAUUUCAAGUAUGGAUUGAUACCUGGCCCUUCCAGUGAUUUCAAGUAUGGAUUGAUACCAGGUACUUCAAAUGAUUUCAAGUAUGGAUUGGUACCAGGUGCUUCAAAUGAUUUCAAGUAUGGAUUAUUGCCGGAAUCUUGGCCAAAACAAGAAACUUGGGAAAAUGGGGAGUCAUCUCUAAUCAUGAACAAGUUAAAAUGCCCUCACUGUAGUUAUGUAGCCAAAUACAGACGAACACUAAAAAGGCACUUGCUCAUACAUACGGGAGUGAGAUCAUUUAGCUGUGAUAUUUGUGGAAAGCUGUUUACUCGAAGAGAACAUGUAAAAAGACAUUCCCUGGUGCAUAAAAAGGAUAAAAAAUACAAAUGUAUGGUGUGUAAGAAGAUCUUCAUGUUAGCAGCCAGUGUUGGAAUAAGACAUGGAUCUCGACGCUAUGGUGUUUGUGUAGAGUGUGCAGAUAAAUCACAACCAGGAGGGCAAGAAGGUGUAGAUCAGGGACAGGAUACAGAAUUCCCUCGAGAUGAAGAAUUUGAGGAGAACGAAGUAGGAGAAGCUGAUGAAGAUCUGGUUGAUGAUGGAGAAGAUCAGAAUGAUCCGACUCGAUGGGAUGAAUCAGGAGAUGUUUGUAUGCCUCUAGAUGACUAACUGACCUACUAUACUCCUCAAGGAUGCUGCAUUUGGACAUAAUAUGGAUCGACAAUUUGGAUUGUUGAACUUUGAAGGCUUGCAAAAUAUGGUACAUGCUGGAUGGUAGUUAUGUUGCUGUGAAAACUGUAGGGUCAAAGCCUUAUAGCAAAAAAAUUUCUUUUUUAUAUUUGCACAGGACUGUACAGCAAACAACCAUGUGGUUGGAUUACAUGGAGUCCCCACAUAUUCAGUCAGUUAUCAAAUUAAAAUAUUUUUUAUUUAUGGGAUAUACAGUAACUAUUUGGGUCCUAUGAAAAUAUUGUACCUGUCCUUACAGACCUUACAUUCAUGUGCCACUUUAACAUGAAUGAAGAAAAUCCAUUUUGGGAAUUACAGUGUGACAGUUGACCCAAUCACUCUGUCCAUCAAACCACUCAGGCUAGUUUGUACUAGUAGAGUUUUGUUUCUAUUUUUAUUUUUAUUAAUUUUAUUUUUUUUUAAUACAGAUUUUCAGUGAGGGGCUUUUUCAACCCCAGUGGUUCUGUUUUCUUGUAUUUUCCAUUUUAAUUUGCUUCAUAACUUAAACCAAGUCUCUUCUAGUCGUAGGUAUUAUUUCUCAAUUUUGUGCUGUUGGGCAUGUUAAUAAGAACUGGAGAGGUAAUUUAUUGGAAUGAACUAACUGACUUCCUCCAUUCCCCUUUCCUUUUCGACAUGAAUUUUACUACUUCACAAAUGAAGAAUGAUGUUGCAAAGUUAUUGUGGCAAAGUUGACAAAUACCACUAAAAUGAUUAUGAUUUAGAAGUAACUUUCCUGCUGCUCUAAUCUGAUAAAUGGUUGCUUUAUGAUGUUUUCUGACAUGGUAUUCGGUUUUGGGUAUCUGUUACUUUGGCAUUAUUCUUGUUUGCCUUUUUUUAUUUUUGCCAGUGUACUAUACCUCAGUCCUAUUUGAAAGACAGAAGUCUGAUUGAAAGAAAAGUCAAAAAACAAUAAGUAAAAUGAUUUGUUUUAUAAUUUAUCCUCCAUGUCCAGUUUGGUUAGCUUGUUAUGCAAUAUAAGUGAAAUAUCAGGUUUUUAUUCCUGUGCCCUUUAUAUCAUUAAAAUUAACACAAAACCUGCAUUCUCUUUUGUUUCAUACUUGCUGGGAUAUUAAGUGUUCUAAAAUUAUGACUGAUAAUUUAUUUUUUCAUUCCUUAAAGUCACUACACUUUGAUAAAGUCUUUCACCAUGAUUCAACAAUGUGCAAAAACCUUACAAAUAAAAUAUUGUGAGUCUUUAUUAUUCUGUUAACUGAAUUUUUCAGAGUACAAAGAGUGAUACAUUAAGUUAAAAAUGUCUGAUUUAUUUAACCUGGUGACAGAUGAGCUAGCUGAUCACAAAACUCAGCCACAUUUUAUUAGAAUAUGCAUGACAUUUAUCAGGAGCAUAUUGUAUAUUAUGUAAGAUUGAGGGACAUCAUAUUUUCCGCUUUCUUUUAAAUAAAAAUUGAGUAUAUUUUCCUAUUUUAUAUCAGGUAACUAAAUUAUGCCAGUUGUGUGGAAGAAAUUGCAAAGAUGCUUUGACAGAUAUAAUCCUUUCGGUGCUCCAUCUGAUCAAAGUUGAAAAGUUGAAAAAAUGUUUUUUUGAGAGACAAGCUUUAUCAUUGUCUCUGAUUUCAGUAGAAUAAUGGUUUAAUGUUAGACAAUGAUGUUUCUGCUUGGAUAAAUCAAAGAUAAAUUACAGUUACACGGUUAGAUGCACCUUUUGUCAUCUGAACUGUAUUUGUAGUUUCAACCUAACUGUAAACCUGCCAGAUGAAUAGUUUUAUUUUAAAUUUUGUUUAAAGAGUACAUCUUAUUCUCAGUGUUCUAGACAAAUGAGUAAAAUGUAAUUUUGGUGAAGUCCAAAGUAGAAACUAGUUGGGCAAAGAUACUAUGAAUGAAAAAGUAUUUUAAACGUAAAUGUUCUGCUUUGUGAAUAUGUAAGUAUAGUAUAAAGAUUUCUUUCAUCCCAUUUAUCCCCUUCCUUUAAAAUAAACCAUAGUUUACAAUCGGUAGAUCUGUCUAUAUAUAAAUAUAUAUUAAAGAGCAAAGAUAUAUAUCUAAAAAAAAUCACCUAAAUCUGCUUUAUUAGAUUACAGUUCACUUAUUGCAUAGAAACUGGACUUGGCUUUACAUUCUUCAUGUACUUUUACUUUUCCUCAAGAUAUGAACUUAUUCUCUUGAAACUGAGUUUUCUUUUACUACUUAAAAUCAUUUAUGUAUAUCUGGUAAAUUAUGACCAAAUUUUUGUUAGAUUGCGUACAGUAAAUUGAAAUACACACUUGGUACACUACAGGAAUGUUGUGCUUUUGUUUUGGUUUUAGAUGGAAAAAAGGUUUGAUGUUGAUGGCUUGUUACUGUUAAUUUAAGAUAUUCUAUAAUUGUCCAUUACCUUUUAUGUUGUGUUGUGACAGAUUUGGCUAUAUUUUUAGUCAAUUUAAAUAUGAUACUUUAAAAGUUUGUUUUUAGGUAAUCCAAAGGAAAAAUGUUUAUACUCUUGAAUAUAUUAGCCUCAGCCUAUAUAAAAAUUUCUGUGACGUAAACAUUUUACCAGAAACAGAAUCAACAGAUUUUUCUACUUGCUGACUGCCUAACUUAUUUUGUUCAUGAUCUUGAGGGGCUGCCUUUUCCCUUCCAGAUCUUUUUUAAAAAUAGUUUUAGUACUAAGGUAUACUACUGGACGUUUCUAUUUUUUUAAGUAUAUUCUUUUUCUGAUUUAUAGUACAAUUUCAGGAAGUUGACAAAUACUAAGAAUUUAUGAUUGGUCGCAGAGAGGUAACAAUGGAAUACUCAUGGUUUUGUCUGUCCAACUUUGGCAGACCUGUGGGUCUCAUGUUUGGUGAAGUUCUCUCUUGUAAUUUAUAUUUUAAAUGAAAAAACGUUGAGCUUUUGAUUUUAAUGAAGGGGAAGAGUAUAAACUUUCGUAUUCACUCUGUAGUAACAAACCCUCUCAUAAAUCAAGAUUAUGUAUUUCUUAGGAUUCUCAGAGACAGUUACUUCCUUAUUGUCACCUCAUUCUUCUUGUAAUAAGAUGUUUUGCUAAAUAUUAGCACCCUAGCAGCAAAAAGCUUAAAAGAAGAACCAAAAGAAGGGGAAACUGAACAGUAACAAGAAGCUUUGAAAAUUGGGGGAAAAACAAGCUGGUUUAGGUAGAACCAUCCUGAUGGAGAAGAAUAUAAAGGACUGAAGAUGACCAGAGUAGUAUAAUACGGGGGGGAAGUGCUGACAACUGGCUUUUAAAAAUCUUAAAUUCUAUAACUUUCAAUGAACUUUGUAUUUUUAAGAUUUUCUGAAUAUAGCAUGAAGGGUUUAUAUUCAUUUUUCUGAAAAACUAUUCCAAAAGCCACCUUCUUUUUUUUGCAGUGCCCACACUUGCCAUUAUGCUGUAUACAUUAUUUUAUCUAAUUCCGUAUAAGCUAGGUGCUAUUGUCUCCAUUUUAUAGAUGAGGAAAGGCUUAGAAAAAUUCAGAAACUUUCCCAAUUUAACUCAGCUAUGGUAGAGUUGGGAUUUGACCAGGUCUGAUUCUGAAGCCCAUGCUCUUUCUAGGAAGACCUAUUGCUGCCUCAUUAAACAACUCUUUUGUAGAAUUUCAGCUCUUUAAAGGAGUCUGUCUAUGGAGAUUUAUAUUUUCCCUAUAAAACAGCUGUGUUAGGGAUGAAUGUCCUUUCUCUCCCCAGUAAAUAUCCUUACUCCUUUUUCCUCCUAAUAAAGCAAUCAUUUUGUCACUUUGACUAUAAUAAGACACACGACCUCAGUGUAGCACAUGCUGUUAACCGGCUGUGGCAUUUUCAUUUUUAAAUGGAUGGUUUUUAUCUGAAGAACUAGAUUUGAAUCCCAGUUUUUGUGCCGUUCAGUCACCCGGAUCCUUAAACUUAACUAUGGUACAUAAUUCAUAAACUUAGAACUAACAGGUGUUUUCUUAGUCACUUUAGGAUUUAAAAUGGAAAGGUUUUUUUUGUUUGUUUGUUUGUUUUCCUGCUGUAUCCCUGCUUUCAAGUGAGGUUGAACAAAAUUCUAGGGAGUUUAAAAUGUGUUAGGGAUAAGCACACUUCAAAAGAUGUUUUCUAGCCCUGAAG